AUGGAUGAUUGCUACGACUCUUUGCCAUGGACAUUCCAACAGCACGAAACAAAUAGUGUUAACGGUGACUCAAAAGCUGCUCCAACACCCCCUCCCCCACGAUUAGUUGAUGUCGACAAUUCGAUGCCAGAAGGAGAUCUUAUGUGGGAAAAUGCUAUCAGCAACGGAUCAUUCUCAAAGGUUUUUGGUCCGGGAAUGCGAUGUGGUUGGGUUGAGGCAACGGCGGAGUUUACUAAACGUCUGAAUGAAGUUACAAAGACAAUAGAAGAGUACCUUGGCCCGCUGAGUGUGAAGGUCAAAAUAGGCCGACUUCAUGCCUUGAUCGAUAAUAAUACAGAACAGUCGCUGGCGGGACAGGUUAUGGGAGGGUUCUUCAUCUAUAUCUUGUUUCGCGAGGGCAUAGCCGCAGAUGACGUUGCCACAGUCUCGUUGAAAGAGUAUAACCUCCGGGGCAAUGAGGGUUAG